AUGGGUAGCCCCCUAUCACCCAUAUUAGCCGAUAUCGUCAUGGAAAACCUUCUGAAAACAGCAACCAGACAACUUCCGUUUGACAUUCCCGUGAUACGUAAAUACGUCGACGAUUUGUUCAUGGCUAUUCCCAAGGACAAAGUACAAUAUACACUCGAUAUGUUCAACUCAUACAAUCCACAUUUACAAUUCACCAAGGAGGAAGAAUCUAACAACAAACUACCAUUUUUAGACACGAUAGUAACGCGACAAUCAGAUCAAACAAUGUCAACCAUGUGGUAUGCCAAACCCAUCUCAUCGAACCGACUUCUUAAUUUUCUAUCGUUUCAUCCGCUAUCAAUGAAAAUAAACGUCGCCGUAAACUUUAUAAAAAGAGUGACCAGUCUUUCCACGAGUCAAGACCAUAAUUUCCAGCGCAAUGUAAUCUUCCAUCAUCUUCGCACCAACAACUAUCCAACAUCACUAAUAAACAGGCUUAUGACUCGCAACAAUAGCCCUAACAACAUAAAACGGAUAACUGACACUCCAUCAAGUAACGGCUCCAGCAUAAACAACAACAUAGAUUUUACCUACAGAUCACUACCACAUAUUCCUUCUCUAAGUACGACAAUAGCCAGCAUUCUCAAAGCAGAUUAUCCUCAAGUCAAAAUAACGCAAAAACCGAUCAAAACCAUUGCCCGCAUUCUUCCUAGCACCAAAUAUCCAAUAGACCCCAUGCUUCGUUCAAACGUUAUUUACAGUAUAUCAUGUGAAGACUGUAAUAUGUGCUAUAUCGGCAUGACAAGAAAUCAACUAAAAACAAGGCUCUAUGGGCAUAACAGCAACAUAAAUCAGUACCACAAACUGAGAGACGCUGGUAAAAACAGCAACGAUGAACAGAUGAACAAUCUUGGGGAAAAAACUGCCCUGAUCCAACAUAUGAUCCAACACAAUCACACGUUUAAUACAGCACAAGCCAAAAUCAUCGACAGAACCUACCGAUCGUCAUCUCUACCCAUACUCGAGAUGUGCCAUAUUACAAACACAACCAAUACCAUCAACCACCGUACCGAUGUAGACGGACUCAACACUAUCUACGCAGGCAUUUUACACACAAUUAAAGCUACCACUAGUCGCCGAAAAAGAGGCACAACAGAGAGAAAAAUGAUUGUGGAUCACGUGUCUCACUAA